AGCAGCUCCUUUACUCUGAGAAAGCAGCCAGCCGAUCACACAAGAGGCAGAAUGAAAGCCUUCCUCCUCACCAUUGCUGCAGUGCAGAUUCUCCACUGCUCAGGAAAACCAAGCCCAAAGGAUGCUCUGACAGCAUCUGUUCUAAAACUGAACCAAAUCACUGAGACCAGCAAUCUGUGUAGGAUAACCAGGAGAAGAGUGAAGGAUAUUCAUCACACUGGGAAACUGUCGUACAACCUGGAUUUAACAUUCUCUGUGAAAGAAACCAUCUGCUCCAAGGAUUCUGGACUGGAAUUUGAUGAUCCCAGCUGUUACUUCCAUCCCAAAAAGACUGCAGAGAAAGGUUUGUGCAAAAGCCAUGUUGAAUAUUUUGCUGAUGAGGUUGUCAGCGUUGAUGUGGAAUGCAAAGUGAAGAUGAUUGACAGCGACAGUGACUCACCAGAAUCAAAUGAAAACAGCAAUGAGGGCAAAAUCAAAUCCAAAGAGAAAUCGAUCGAGAAGUCAAAUGCAACUAUAAACAGGGAAUAUUAUCAGAUUUUCUGCUGUUGA